AUAUUAAAUAUUAAUUAAAAAAAAUAAAUGAAAAAACUUUCAAUUUAUAUUCUCCCAAUUCAAGAUAGAGUUAUAUACCCAUAUUAAUAAAUAUACAUAAGAAUUCCUGAAAUUUAUUAAUACGAACCUAAAAAAUUCAAUAAUUUAAUUGGUGUUUUAAGUAGUUUCGAUCCCUAAUAAUCUUAAAAAAAACUUGAAUCAAUAGAAAAUUUUUCUAAAUAUGGUACAAUACUAAAAAUAACUUCUGAAGACUAACAAUAUUACAUAAAUACCCAAACAAGAAAUCAUAGAGAAGUUAAAACUUAUAGUGCAUUCGCCUUCGGAAGAUUUAAAGUAAUAUCAUUUGAAAAAUAAACGCCUUUUUAUAUAGCUACAAUAGAAUUAAUAUCUGACGAAAUUCUAUCUAAAUUAGAAUAAAAAUUAAAAUCUUAUGAAAUACCAGAAUUAAAAAAACAAGCUAAAAAAUAUUUAGAAAACAUAUCAAAUAAAAUAGAUACAUAAAAACAAAUGUAAAUAGAAAAUGAGUAAUCAAUUAAUAAAUUAGUUUAUACAAUUGCUAGUUUAUUAGAAAUAAGUACUGAAACUAAACUUUAAAUCUUAUAAGCGGACGAUAUAAAUGAGCGAAUCAAACUAAUUUUAAAUAUAAUGUAAGAAAAAAACGGUGAAUUUUCUAUUACAGGUGAGCUUUAAUAAAAAGUAAAAUCCGAAUUAGAAAAAGAUAAUAAAAAAUUUUUAAUAACUCAUAAAAAUUCUGGUAUAUUUCCUUCUAAUCUAUUCCCUUCAAAUAGCAAUUUAAACUCUAGUUUUCAUUAAGACGAAUCUUCAAACGAAACCGAUGAAAUUUCAUAAUUAAACCAAAAAAUUAAACAAAAAAACCUUCCUGAAAACAUCCUUUAAACAAUCUAAAAAGAAUUCAAAAAACUAAAACAAAUGCGCAAUUCUUAAAACGCGGAAUCCUACGUAAUCCGUACCUAUAUAGAAACAUUACUAGACCUACCCUGGCUUGAACAUACAGGAGAUUAACAAGAUCUAAAGCAAGCCGAAACUAUAUUAAAUAAUGACCAUUCAGGUUUAGAGAAAGUAAAGAAAAGAAUCCUUGAAUUCCUUGCAGUCCGCUUCCUAAAAGGAAACUAAAGAGGUUCCAUUAUAUGCUUAUGCGGUCCUCCAGGUGUAGGCAAAACUUCCUUAGGAAAAUCCAUUGCAGACUCCCUAGGUAGAAAAUUCGAAAGAAUAGCCCUAGGAGGGGUUCGUGAUGAAUCUGAAAUACGAGGUCAUAGAAGGACAUACGUAGGAGCGCUUCCAGGGAUGAUAAUAAAUGCUAUAAAGAGAUCAGGUAGUAAUAAUCCUGUAAUUUUACUAGAUGAAAUCGAUAAAUUAACUCGGGAUUCAAGAGGUGACCCUUCUUCAGCUUUAUUAGAGGUUUUAGACCCGAAUUAAAACUCGAAUUUUGUUGAUCAUUAUAUAGGACUUCCUUUUGAUUUAUCUAAUGUAAUGUUUAUUGCGACUGCAAAUUAAUUAGAUAGUAUUUAGCCGCCGCUAUUAGAUAGAAUGGAGAUUAUAUAGAUUCCGGGAUAUACUUAAGAGGAAAAGAAAGAAAUCGCCAAAAAAUAUUUGGUGAAGAAAUAAAUAGAUGAGAAUGGAAUUUCUUAAGAAUAAAUUGCCUUCGAAGAUGACGCAAUUGAAUUCAUUAUUAAAAAAUACACUCGAGAAGCCGGAGUUAGACACUUGGAGAUAAAUGUAGGCGCGGUUUGUAGAAGUGUAGCAGUUUAAUAUUCAAUUCAUAAACAAAAAUUCAAUAAUUAAGAUGAAAUACCUAAACUUCCUAAAGUCACAAUCACUUAAGAUUAUGUUAGAAAUGUUUUAGGAGUAGAAAUUUAUCAAGAAGAUGAUCUAGUAGAUAAAAUUUUUUAACCUGGAAUUGCUUUUGGAAUGGCCUGGACUGCUGCAGGUGGUAAAUUGCUUAUUAUAGAAGUUUCGAAAAGUGUAGGAAAAGGAAGAAUUGAAAUAACAGGAUAAUUGGGUGAUGUUAUGAAAGAAUCAGUAAAAACAGCUUUAGGAUGGAUAAAAUCUAAUUUAGGGAAAAUAUAAAAUCUUUUAAUUAAUUAAAAUGAUUUUUAAAAUUAAAAUAUAUUCGAAGAAAUAGAUAUUCAUGUUCAUUUUCCAGCUGCAGCUAUUCCUAAAGAUGGACCUUCGGCAGGAAUUACAAUUGCGACGGCUUUAAUUUCUUUAUUAACAGGAAGAAAAGUUAAAUCUAGUGUUAGUAUGACAGGCGAAAUUUCGUUAAAAGGAAGAGUUUUACCUGUUGGAGGAAUUAAAGAAAAAUGUAUAGCUGCAUAUUCAUAUGGAAUUAAAACAAUUAUACUUCCUUAUAAUAAUUAAAAAGAUACAGAAGAGAUUUCUGCCGAAAUAAAAUAAAAUAUUGAAUUUAAAUUUACAAAAACUAUUGAAGAAGUAUUAGAUAUAGCAUUAGAAGAUUAAAGUUAAACAGAUUUAUUUAACUAAGCUAAAAAUUAAAAAAAUGUUAACAAAAUAAAAUAAAUAUGA